AUGUUUCAUUUAUUCGCUUUACCUGAAGAGAUUUUGCUUCAAAUCUGCGAAUGUUUAUCGCCAAACGAGUUGGGAGAAUUUCGAUUGAGUCAAAGACGAAUCAACACAUUUCUCACCGUGAAUUCCCAUCGUCUGAAACGUAUUCAAGUCGAUGAAAUCCUUGUCGAACAAGGGACUCUGGAGGGAUUUUGCGAUCAUUUCUUUAAAAUAACGACAAUAUCAAAUGGGAAAAAUGACUACAAUUUGUUUCUUGGUGACUACGAUGAUGAGGGAAAUCUUAAGUUCAAACAUAAAACCUCACGAAAAUUGUGCCCAUUACCAGAUGGCUGUGACUACGAGGAAGCGAAAAGCUACACAAUGAAACGAAUUUUUGAGAACUAUUGCACAGAAGAGCUGUACAUUUCCGGUCUUUCCCCACAACUCUUCACUUGUUUAUCCGAUAUUCUGUGUCGAAUCAAAACAAAACGAAUCCACAAACUGAUCAUCGAUCUGAACGGCGAUCGACAACCAAAUGAAGUGGCUCAAUUUCUCGCCAACACUUGUCCAAAGUUUUUCUAUCUUCAGACAACCGAUCCAUCCGAGACGAAGUCUUUCCUAAAAGCUGAGAUUCUCAAAUCAAUCAAUCACAUAUUCGUGGGACCGGCAAAAAAGUCAUGGAGAGCCUAUGAUGAAAACAACUUUCACUACGAUUUCAACGACGAUGAUUUCACUUCGCUUUGUGAAGAAAGAACAAUCUACAAUCCUCUAACUCUCUACAUAUUUGGAUAUACAAAUAUCAGCGGGAAAACAAUUAUCCAACAGUUGAGGCGUCUAAACAACAACUCUUCCGGUUUAUCGUUCGAUUUCCAUUUGGAGCAACCAUUUGAUCCGGAAAAGUAUGAAUUGAGUGAAAAAAAGUUCCCUGAUUACUUAUCAAAGAAAAACGGUGAGGUGGUGUUAGGCGAUGAUUGGACGAUUCGACGAGCACUCGGUGAGGAAGAAAAUGAUAGAAAUCGGACACAUAUUCGAGUGGAUCGAGAUGGACGUUCGAUUCUCAGUGGUAUGGGUUGGGCUUCGAAAGAUCUUCGAAAUGGCGACAAAAAGUACACCGGCUUUGCAACUUGG